CGUCGCCAUUUUGAAAAACCAUUCUGUGUUUGCCAGAGGAAAAACGAUUUGUUUACCAGUUUGAUUAACGAAGUUUAUCAUGCCAUCACAUCUCCAAGACUACACGGUGCUUGGUACGAUUGGUUCAGGAUCGUAUGGAACUUGUAAAAAAAUCCGCAGAAAGAAAGAUGGAAAGAUACUUGUAUGGAAGGAGUUAGAUUAUGGAAGAAUGACUGAAAUGGAAAAACAGAUGCUUGUKUCUGAGGUCAACCUGCUACGAGAGUUAAAACAUCCACAUAUUGUGCGUUAUUAUGACCGAAUUAUUGACAGGACCAAUACYACCAUCUAUAUUGUUAUGGAAUACUGCGAAGGUGGUGACCUGAGUGCACUCAUAUCAAAACACAAAGCAGAAAAGAGAUAUAUUCUAGAAGACUACGUGUGGAAAAUCAUGUAUCAACUGGUACUAGCAGURCAGGAAUGUCAYAGAAGGAAAAAUGGAGGACAUGUAUUGCAUCGGGACCUGAAACCUGCCAAUGUGUUCUUAGAUGUUGAAAARAAUGUCAAACUUGGAGAUUUUGGUUUGGCAAGAGUKCUUGUUCAUGACACAAGCUUUGCUCAGACGUUUGUUGGAACUCCAUACUAUAUGUCUCCUGAACAAGUUAACAAAAUGAGCUACAAUGAAAAGUCAGAUAUUUGGUCUCUKGGAUGUCUUCUGUAUGAACUAUGUGCUCUCUCUCCACCAUUUACUGCUAUGAAUCAGAGAAGUCUAGAAGCCAAGAUCAAAAUUGGCAAAUUCCAUCCUCUUCCAAGCAAUCAUUUCUCUCCUAGUCUUAACAGAGUCAUCAGUUCAAUGUUACAAGUUAACGAAAACAUGAGGCCAAGUAUUGAUGAAUUACUCCGAAAUCCGCAGCUGGCUAAAAUGCAAAGAGAAACUACAAGAAAUAAUGUAAAUAGCAAUGACAAGGAAGAAUCACUGAGAAGAUGGGAGAAAACACUCAGCGAGAAGGAAAAAGAUAUAGAAAGAAGAGAAAAAGAUCUUUCACAAAGAGAAAAAAUCUUAGAAGAAAGAGAAGAUAGAUUAUCAAGGAUGGAAACUGAACCAGGACAUCUUAACUACAGAGAAAACAUGCCUUUCAAACGAGGAAAUUAUUUUGGCAACUAUAACUACCUGACAGACAAAGAGAAUGACACAGGAUACAUUAAGAGAAGAUAUCCUCAUGAUAUCGAUAAGCAGGGUUAUGACGAUGUAUUUGUACRKCCAAUCAUUCCAUCUCAUAAAUAUCAUGAUCUUGGCUAUCGCCAUGGAAAUGCUCCUGCUGGAAGAAUACCUCGAUUAUAUUCUGGACUGAGAUAAUAUUGCCUUAUAAUAAGAUUAUAUGAAAAUCCUAUGUAAUAUAUCUUUAAUAUAAAUAAGUAACUUAGUUUAGCUAGAAAUACAUUAACUAUUACAUUAAGUAUUAUUGAAUCUACAUAUAUGUAUUAUAAUUUAUACUACUCUAUAGUAAGAAAUGUGAUUGAAAGUAUUUUCUGAACUUAGAUGAAUUUGACUUGUAAAUAUUAUUAGUUAUGUCUU